CAGCAUCUGAACUGCACUGGGAACUGUGGAACCACCCAGCUCAGCAGCCAGAGCAGUAGCUCAGGCAGCAAGAGCAGACGAAGCAGCUACCCUGGGCAUCCUUUCAAACUGCUGCAGGCUUAUCUUCUCUGACCCUUACUGGGAACAUGGGAGCUUCUUUGCCCUUCCUGCCAGGCAGGAUACCACUUCGGGAGCUCACUGAAAUGUAUCAGUUCUUUUCUCAGAUUCUGGGGUUUCUGCGAGUCAUCUAAACCAAGGUCCUCUUUUCUGAAACUCUUUUAAGGAUCCUGAUUGGGAUUUAUUUUGUUUGAUUUUUUUCCCCAUCUCAGAUAUUGCUAUAAAUAUUGGUUUUUCAUCGUUACACAUCACGGUUAACUUUCCUUUGACUCAGUUUAACUCUUGAGAUCUAUAUGGACGGCUGUUCAUAAGAGCACUUUUCUUACCUUUUCUGUCCUUUUCUGGGGUUGGAUUUGAUAUUAAUUGGACUCUGUGCCUGUGUGUGUUCUGAUUGCUCAGAACAUUUUCUUUCCUUCGCAAGAACUAUGCAUUAACUGUAACCAAGACCUGUGAAUAUCGUAGGCUUGGCUUGAUCUUGAUUUUUGGGACUUUAUUGGAAGAUCUGAUUGCAUUUCGUGAAGUUACUGCUCUCCAUCCAUUGUUUAGGUUUUAAGCUGCUUUGCUAGCUUUUGUGACACAGUCACAUCUGGACAAUUCUGAUUUUUUAAUAAACUAACUUUUUGCCCUCCCUUUCUUAAAUAUUAUGAGCCCUUUUGGGGGUCUGGUAGAGGAGCCUCAUUCUAUUCUGAUGUGAUUGAUAGUCCUGCCAUUUCUUGUGGCAGAUUUUUGUUUUAAAAUACAAUGGCUCUGAGUGGAAAUUGCAGGACUUACCUCCCUCCUAGAGAACAAGGGGCUGGUCUACACUCCUUUCCAGAGGUGGUGGAGCUAAACGUGGGUGGUCAAGUAUACUUCACUCGCCAUUCCACCUUGGUGGGCAUCCCACACUCCUUGCUGUGGAAAAUGUUCACCCCGAAGAGAGACACAGCCAAUGAUUUAGCUAAGGACGCCAAGGGAAGGUUCUUCAUUGAUAGAGAUGGUUUCCUCUUCCGCUACAUUCUGGACUAUCUCAGGGACAAGCAAGUGGUUCUACCUGAUCACUUUCCAGAAAAGGGAAGGCUCAAAAGGGAAGCUGAAUAUUUUCAGCUCCCAGACUUGGUCAAACUCCUAACUCCUGAUGAUGUCAAGCAAAGCCCCGAUGACUAUUGCCACAGCGACUACGAGGAGGUCUCCCAAGGCAGUGACACAAGAAUAUGCCCCCCAUCAUCGCUCUUACCUUCAGACCGAAAAUGGGGUUUCAUUACCAUUGGGUACAGGGGUUCAUGCACCAUGGGCAGAGAGAGCCAAGCUGAUGCCAAGUUCAGGAGAGUCCCGAGGAUUUUGGUUUGUGGAAGGAUUGCUCUAGUCAAAGAGGUCUUUGGAGAAAGUUUGAAUGAGAGUAGAGACCCAGAUAGGGCACCAGAAAGAUACACCUCUAGGUUCUAUCUCAAGUUCAAGCACCUGGAGAGGGCUUUUGACAUGUUGUCAGAAUGUGGAUUCCACAUGGUGGCCUGCAAUUCCUCAGUGACGGCUUCUUUUGUCAAUCAGUACACAGAAGAUAAAGUCUGGUCCAGCUACACUGAAUAUGUCUUCUACCGUGAGCCUUCAAGAUGGUCUUCAUCCCAUUGUGACUGCUGCUGCAAAAAUGGCAAAGGAGAUAAGGAGGGGGAAAGUGGCACAUCUUGCAAUGAACUAUCCACUUCCAGCUGUGACAGUCAAUCAGAAGCAAGCUCCCCACAAGAGACUGUCAUCUGUGGCCCAGUCUCCCGUCAACCCAACAUACAGACUCUAGAUCGGCCAGUCAAGAAGGGGCCAGUACAACUGCUCCAGCAGUCUGAAAUCCGAAGGAAAAGUGACCUGCUCCGAACUCUAACAUCUGGCUCUAGGGAAUCCAACUCUAGCAAAAAAAAAGCAGUGAAAGAAAAGCUCUCUAUUGAGGAAGAGCUAGAAAAAUGCAUCCAGGAUUUCCUUAAAAUCAAAAUCCCAGACAGGUUUCCAGAAAGGAAACACCCCUGGCAAUCAGAACUGCUACGAAAGUAUCAUCUAUAGGAGCGGGGUGGGGCAGGGGAAGAUAACCUUAGUACAAUUUACAGAUCAAGAUCCUUAAUGAUAAAAAUAAAAGGAAUCAUAACAAUUUGUUAGGUCACACAAAUCCAUCUUGAUAGUACUGACUAAUUUGCCUAUUUCACCUUAACAUUUAUAGUCACAGGGUAAUGAUAUUUUUAAAGUCGUGGAAGCACAAUGAAAAAUGCUUUUGUUUGUAAGCUCUUAGUUUUACAGAAGCGGAAUUCUUUAUACACUAAAGGCAUAACAACAUCACCAACUAAAGAGACCCACAUACAGAUGCACCUCAUGCCAGUGGAAAAAGUGCACACACGAUCAGGCAGUGGACGGGGGAGGGGCGAAUCCCACAAACUGCAUGUCUUUUGAAUUCUCCUUUUAAUUAAUUUAGUUGGAGAGGUCGGGGCAGAUGUACACGAUUUAAAGAAACAAGCUAUGCCAUGCCAAUUGUCAUGAAGGAUGUGUAUACAUAUACAAUGUGUAUAUGUAUAUUCAUUAUGAAUUUUUCUGUUUCUCUCCUUAGAAGUCUGCACUUUCUCAAAAAAAAUAUAGCAGUUGUUAGCACUCUGUGUGCUCCAUUUCCCCUCUAGCUUUAUGAGGUGUGAAUAGUAGAAGGCUGUCUCUCUCCAUCUGUUAUUUUUUGGGGCAUGAGGAGGUUGGAAGCCGAGCACUAUAAAAGUGUCGGUGUCUGUUGCAAUAGUGGGUAAAAUAUUCUGCUUGUUUUUGACAGCGAUGUAUGUUUUAAUCUCCUUUGUUACAAUACUUGUUCCCCACAGCUUCCAGAUGAUAAAGGGGUUAUUAUGGAAGGAUUCCAGUUGGAAAGGGGGAUCCAGAGAUGGUGGGUCAAGUCACUGAGUCAGCAGGCUCAGCUGAUUUAUAUCAGCCUGCCAGAGGCUGCUGCCAAAAUGUCUUUGGACCAAACAAAUGAGGAGAACAGCCUCCCAUUCCCAUCCGACACAGAUGCAAUUAUAAGAAAUUAUAAACCUAACAAGAUGCAUUUUGUGCUCUGACUGGCAGGAAAUUGAUUGUUAAAAUGGCAGGCACCACGCCACUCCAGCAAGAUACAUUUCAAAAGGAAAUUAAAAAUUGAAUAGAAACCAAACCCACUCUGUCAUGGAAGCUGCCUUAUCAGCAUCCUUUCUGUAGUCAGUAGCAAGCUUCUGGGUGGCAGGCUUCAUUGAGUACCAUUUGUUACCCAUAAUGUGUAAGAAACAGGAAAAUAUCAGCAAACUCAGCUCCUUGGGACUGCAGGAAGGAGAGGAUGCCACAUGCAGGCCCAGCAGUACAGGAACCUACUGAGCCCAACAACAGCAUAGUCCUCCUUGACAGGUUUGCCUAGCUAAAUGCAUCAUAGUUGUCAUUCUGGAGUGAAUUCUUUCAGCAAACCAGUAAAAACGUAGUAUCUCUCUACAGCCCAGUGGGAACCAAAGGUUCCAUGGAUGAGAUUUGAAAAGUUAAGACUCAGGUAAUGAACUGGAGUCCUGGGGAUAGACUGCAGCUUCUGGGAUAAAAGAGUAACAAUACCAGUCUGUAAAGCCAUUAAGUAGAGAUGCAUUGCAUCAGUGGGGCCAUGGAGUCUUUCAACAGGCUGGAGAUGGGAGCUGGUCAGCUGGGGGAGAUUGGCACAUGCCAAUCAAUGUCUCAAGACAUAAAGUGAGAGACACAGAAACUAAUAAAGAUGAUGGCUUUAAAACUGGUGCUAUUGACUUGGUUAGCAUCAGUAACAUUUCUAAAACUUCAGUUUCACUAUCUAGCAUUCCCAAUACACAAUGCUACCAGGGAGACAAAUGUGCAUAGGACAGAGGUAUAUUGGGACUGAACAUAGUUUCUUUGAGUCUGAAGCCUGGUCUCUAUAUAUGCAGGUGCAAUUGGCUCCCACCUAAUUUGCUCUUACAUUUUAUUGGACCUGCAAAAUAAACUGUGAGGGCAAAUUUGCACAAUCAGGUAGGCAGAGGUGUCCACCAUUGAACUGCAAGUGCAACCUAGGCACAGGUUUUAUUGGUGCUAAUUGCAUGUGCAAAUGGGAAGUAACAUGUCUCAAACUAUUGCAAAAGGUGAGAUGCUUGUGAACAGUGUGGAGCAUGAACCAGUCUCCAGAUCAAAAUGCCCAAAUCUGAUAUGAGAUUUGGCUUUUGUAGCUUGGAGUCAUCUCUAGUUAAAGUUGCAAAUUUACCAAGAUAUUUUAUAUGCAAGAGGGAUGCAAGUUUGAGUAAUGUUUAAUUAUUGCCAUGUGUAAAGAUAGCAAAGAAGAGCUUGAUCUGAGAGGUAUUGAGCUAAAUUGGAAAACUCUACACUGCUCAGGAUCAGGCACUAAACUAAUUCAGCUGUUAAAACACAUGCUCACACCGAGACACAAGCACGCGUACUUUCACAUACCUGUGCACACAUGCACCUUCACACAUCCAUGUGCUUGCACACAUACUUCUCUCUGCUUGUCACAGAUUUGCUUUUCCUUUUUUAAAAACAUUUGUCUUUCUUGUAUAUCAUUUGUCCCUACUGACUGCUGCUGAACUGGAAUCCCUCUUGAUAGCACUGUGUUAAAAAGCUGGUCUGCAACUUCACUUGGGUGUGUCAUUGCAAAGCAAGAACACUAGGUUGGCUCCCAAGGCAUACAACUUGGUUUAAAUGGUGCUUUUUCUCACUAUGUCCACACCAGAGAGCAGCUCUGUUGUCUCUGACACUUUAAGGCUUGGAAACUGUGAUUUUUCUCUUUUGACCAUCAGUAUCAGCCAGACCUGCCAAACUGGCAUAUGGCAAAUCAGAGUGUGGAAUGGGAGCCUCUUCCCUUUUGCAAGGUUUUAAUAUAUUAGGCUUAUGCAGAGUCCUCCUGCUCUAUUGCUUUUACUCUCUGAAAGUCACAAGGAAGAAAGCUAACAUUAAUUCAUGGUAUUAGCAAAUUAGGAAGAAAAAUGAGCAGUGUUGACUUUCGCUGGCAUGCAUCAGAGAAAUUUGUUUUGAGAUUUCCAAGCACAGCAUAGACAAGUUCUCAACUUUGAUAGCUCAGAAUGGCAUACUCAGCUUCAGAGUUUCACUUUUUCUUCUUUUUAUAAUCCACCAAACAUUGCAUUACAAAAUAAGGACAGAAAGAGGUGGAAUGUGCCCUAUUUUUUUUUCUUUCUCAGAGUUUGAAUGGACUUGACUCAAUUUGCACAGAACUGUACAAUGAUUAAUAUCUGCAGGAAAAAUUAGACCAAAUGAAAUGCACCAGAAUGAGUUUGAUUUAUGUGGCCUUCAUAUUUCCAGUAUUAGAUGAAAUGGUUAUUAUUCUGCACCACUACUGAAAUAAGAGUCUUAAACUUUAGUAAUCGCUUGUCAGAAAGCUUGUAUGUAUACAUUCUCCUUUGUUUUAAUAUAGAGUACUGGGAUAGUGUAUCUGUUCCUGGGACCAAAUUCAUCACACUGAUUACCAUGCAGUUCCACCAGAGAUAACUUUGUUCCCUGGUGAUUUCAGCUGUCCAUUUCAGGUCGUGCUUCUUGGUAUUUCAAUUAGAAAGAGUGACUGCUCCACUAAUGUACGAUCAGUAUAGACUUCCUGGGCCGGAUUCUAAGGGUAUGUUUAUACCUGUAGCUAGGGGUGUGAGUCCCAGCUCUUGGAGACACAGUCGCCAAGCUCUUUCUAAGAUAGCAUGUUAAAAAAGGUACUGUCAUCCCAGGAGCACAGAAGUGGAGAGAGAUGGGAGAGGCUAAUCAGUCGGAGUGCAAACACCAUGAGCCUGUACUCAGGUGGCAAGUCUGAGCUGCUGCUCAAAUUAUUGUGAAUCUCAAAACUAUGAUUUUUUUAAUAUGCGUGUUCAAUAAGAGUAAGCUGGGAAUUGCACCCCCAGCUCUAAGUAUAGGCAUAACCUUGUGCAGCUUUGGUAAUGUAAAGUCACCCACUUUAAGAGUGUUUACGCCACUGGAUUGGUGUAUGAGGACUUGGUGAAAAUGGGAAUCUGGUCCCUUAGGCUAUGUCUAGACUGAAAGCCUCUUUCAAAAGAGGCUUUUUCAAAAGAUAC